AUGGUACCUGACAUAUCUGAAAAGAGAAUCAUUUAUCUUUUCCUUGAUGGUCUUGAGGAUCCAAUUAAGGGCUUGGUUAAAGCUUUCUCACCCUCAACUUUACAGGAAGCUAUCAAAAGAAGUUUGCAGCUUGAAACUUACAUGCCUAAGAAACCAGUGACAAAUCAAAAGCCUCCAAAUCUUUGGCAACAUAAGGGAAAUUUUCAGAAAAAGACUUUUUCACCACCACCAGCAAAGAAUGUGACAAAUACAACAAACAAGAAGGUAGAUGAAGAGACUAAGAGUGAACUUCGAAGGAAAAAGCUUUGUUUCACCUGUAGGGAGCCAUGGGUUCCAGGACAUAGGUGUUUGGGAAAAGGUCAAGUGCACUAUAUUGAGGUUGCUUUAGACUCUGAUUCAGAUGAGCAUGGAGAAUUUCAUGACACUAAGGAAGAAGAAGAAGAAGAGAAAGAAAAAGAAAUCAGCAAGGGUGGCACUUUCGCAGCAUUAUCAGGAGUCCCGAGAUAUCAUCCUUUCCGCAUCCGAGGGGUAUUAGCAGGGCAAAGGAUCAUAGUCCUUCUAAAUAGUGGGGCAACUCACAAUUUUAUAGAUGAGGGGUUUGCCAUAAAAAGAGGACUUAAAGCAGAAGAUUUUGAAGGGUUCAAUGUUACUGUAGCUGAUGGAUUCACUAUGCCUUGCACACGUGUGGUAAAGCAACUCAAGAUGACUUUGGGAGACUAUGAGCUUUGUGAUGACUUCUAUGUUGUUGCAAUUGGAGAAACAGAUAUUGUAUUGGGUGUUCAAUGGUUACACUCUAUUGGGGGCUAUUACAUGAACCAUCAAACAAUGGAGUUCAAGUUUCAGUCCAAUGGGAAAGAAGUCCAUUUAAGGGGCUUAUCAAAUGGAGCACCCAGGGUGGUCACUGCAAAGAGGAUGGAGAGGACCUUUCGAAGAGGACAUGUAGCAUGGGCAGCAGGAAUCAUAAUCCAUCUCAUGAGCCCUUCCAAGGGACAAAAUAGGGGAUUUGAGCAUGUUAUAGAAUUAGAACAAGGUGCAAAACCUGUUAUAACUACUCCAUAUCACCAUCCAGGGGGUUAUAAAGAGGAAAUAGAAAAGACUAUUAAGGAACUCUUGGACAUGGGAUUCAUAAGGCCAAGCUCUAGCCCAUUUGAAUCUUCUGUGGUACUUGUGAAGAAAAAGGAUGGUUACCAUCAGAUUCGCAUGAGGAAGGAAGAUGUGGAAAAGACUGCUUUUAGAUGUCACUAUGGGCACUUUGAAUUUCUUGUUAUGCCCUUUGGUCUUACUAAUGCACCAACAACAUUCCAAUCUUGUGUGAAUAAGAUAGAAAUGGCACAGAAAACAUUUGAUAAACUUAAGGAGGUGAUGAGUUCAUGCCCCGUACUUGCAAUUCCAGAUUUCUCGUUACCUUUUGUUGUUGAAUGUGAUGCUUCUGGAGAAGGUAUAGGAGCUAUCCUAACUCAAAAGGGACAUCCAAUAGCAUUUGAGAGCAGAAAAUUGAAUCAACUAGAAAGAGGGUAUUCCAUCUAUGACAAGGAAAUGCUAGCUAUCAUGCAUGCACUUGACAAAUUCAGACAAUAUUUGGUUAUUGGACAGCAGGUCAUGGUAUCUACAGAGUUACCACCCCUUGAUGAUGAUGGGAAAUUAGUUUUAAUACCAAAGGAGGUGUUCGAUACAAGGGAAAGAAGAUUGAGAAAUAGAAACAUCAUAGAGCAUCUAGUCAAAUGGAAGGGAUUACCAUUAGAGGAUGCAACUUGGGAAGGAGUAGAGAUUCUUGAACAUCCCAACCUUCAUGUCGCCUUUUCAAAACAAUUCAAAUUAAUAACUUUUCCUAUGGCGGUGAGCAAUUUUGCUGUUAAAAUAGAGUGGAAUAAGUGUGUUGGGUCGUGA